GCUAGUUGGGUUUGCGCAGGCGCCUACGGAAGUGGGCCACAGGAAGCGGAAGUCCCGCCUCUCUCGCGUUUUCUCUUCGGAAGCAGAGGAAGCGCGGAGGAAACCAGAGUGAUCCGAAAGAGCAGACGCUACCACCAUGAGCCUCCUCAACAAGCCCAAGAGUGAGAUGACCCCGGAGGAGCUGCAGAAGCGGGAGGAGGAGGAGUUUAACACGGGCCCACUCUCCGUGCUCACGCAGUCGGUCAAGAACAACACCCAGGUGCUCAUCAACUGUCGCAACAACAAGAAGCUCCUGGGCCGUGUGAAGGCCUUUGACAGGCACUGCAACAUGGUGCUGGAGAAUGUGAAGGAGAUGUGGACGGAGGUCCCCAAGAGUGGCAAGGGCAAGAAGAAGUCCAAGCCAGUCAACAAGGACCGCUACAUCUCUAAGAUGUUCCUGCGAGGGGACUCGGUCAUCGUGGUCUUGCGGAACCCCCUCAUCGCUGGCAAGUAGGGGCCUCCUCCCGCCGCCAGAACUCGCUCCCCUGUCGUGCGGAGACCUGCCCUCCCAGAUGGGAAUAAAAGUCCUGUGUUUUUUUCUA